CUGUGUGUGUGUGUGUGUGUGUGUGUGUGUGUGAGAGAGAGAGAGAGAGAGAGAGAGAGAGAGAGAGAGAGUUGGGAGAGCAAGUUUAAAGAUGCCGGGACUUGCGUGGAAACGCAGGAGUAGGAAACGGCGGCCACUUGGUCAGACACCUUUAGCCGUUCCUCAGAUCGCGAAUUGGCAGCCAACUCCCAACAUUCCCUGGAGAGUGGGAAUCACAGCCUCUACGUCGGUGUCUCCUACCUCAGGAGAAGUUACAGUGCAGACAACGUACCAGCCGGAUGGUGGUGUGUCAGUGACGACCCGCAUCAGCGCCGGCGGAGCCUCCAGUGAGAAAUUUACCGUAAGUACAACCUUUGUUCCCGUGUUGACUGCAGGGAGCAAUCAAUCUGCCCCCUCGAAAGCAUUGGCCACCUGCCCAAAUGCAAAUGGAGCAAUUGUGCCGGUGCAUGAUGCCGCAUGUGGUGGUAGUGGCAGAAAGAGCCGCACGAAUGCCGAUGAGCGCAUGGCUGCUGCGGCUAUGUUGUCGCCUCCGAGAGGUCUCACAGGAGGUGAUUGCCCACCACAUUCUCCACCACCACCAUCAUCGUCUUCUCGGACGAGCGUCCGGCAAAGGGCACUGCAACCAGCUGCCGUCUCCUCUGACGUUGUGAGUCAGAGUGCCCAAGUAGCGGCGCCUUCCGUAACUACGAAGACGACCUCCACGCCGUCGAUGAGGUACGAUGCCAGAUCGGAUGAGUGGGAGGAGCACGAGGAGGACAAUGCACGGGAUUGUGGGGGCAAACUUCUGGUCGAUGAUGCGCAUGGCGGGGAGGAUGAUGAGGGAGGUGGUUCUGGCACUGUGGAGCAUGAGAGUGAUCUUCUUGCGGUAGUAGGUAGCCGUAGAGAAGGUGGAAGAGGGGGAGGAAGAGAAGGAGGAUGUGAUGCUGGCGAGUGCAGCCCGAUGCCAUGGGAAGGUGGCCGGCAAAGACGGUGGAGGAGUGUAAGUGGGAAUGGAUGCCUGCGGCGCAGCAUGAAGCGUGCGUUUUCUGAUGACGAGGAAGGGGCGCAGGAGGAGAGGGAGCAGGAGAAGGUGGUUGUGAGAGAUAGUUCGGCAGCAGCGGAUGGCGGCAAAUCAAGUGCAAGCUCAUCGAGGAUCGGUGAGCUAGUUUCAAGAGGCGAUUUCAGUGCUAGUCAUGCUUUGCGCCGCGAUCUGGAGCGGCUCUCUGCUUCAUUCGCUGCGCUGCGGCCGUUCGCAGCAUCAUCGCACCGGGCUCGUAGAUGCGGUUUGUCAGCCUCAGGAUCUUUAGUCUCGGAGGGGGCAUUCUCUGCAACCAUGGGUGGUGGGGCAUCGGUACAAGGGCCGAGGAGGGGCGGAGCUGUCCCGGCGGGAGAAGAGAGAAGGUUCUCGUCGUCCUUAGGAGGGUGGUCACAGGGAUGGAACGCCGCAUCUGCGAGUUGCACAUCCGCUCUCUCCGACCUUAUCGACGCAUGUCCUGCUGGAUCUACAGAUCAACGACCAGCAUUCUGUCGGUUCCGAAGACGACAGCGAUCGAUUGGCCAGAAGCUGUCCGACGAAGACGCUGCUGACCCCAGGCAGGCGCAGAGCUUAGGGGUCGUUGACUGGAAGGCGAUGGCCCGUGAAGAUCUGCUCGGUUACAAUUAUCGCGAAAUGUCAACUGACAUAUCUGACACGAAUGGCAGCAAGGUGUCUAUCGAGGGUGAGAGCGGUUUUGAAGAUGGGAAUCGCGAUGGAAUAGGGGUGGUAGGCGCUUUGCCUGGUGGAGGGAGAGAAGCGAUUGAGCAGGCUUCCCUCCACUCUGAUAGUUCAACGAUGGAAGAAGACGCGGGGAGUAUUCUGGAUGAAGAAAUGGAACGGGGUGUCGUUAUGAGAAAGGAGUGGAUGCCUUCGCUUGUUCACGGCAAUGUGAAGCUGCACACGGAGACGUUGAUCCCGGCGAAGGAGGCAACGGUCGAGAAGAGGAUGGCUGGAGAUGCACAAGAUGGAGUUGUGCAUUGCUUGAUUCCUGAUGACGUCAACCCUUUUGGAGACUGUGGCACUCAGAGUUCACAAACAAGUUCAGGAGAUGGCCUCAUCGAACACCUGAAGCCACAGAGAGGAGUCGAACAGGUGGAGAAGGCCUAUACCCCGCUGCCAUUGCUCGGUGCAAGCCAACAGGCAAUGGCUUGCAUGCAAAAUGGACAGAUGAGGAGCCCUCUUGGAAACCGCAAGAGAGGAAGACCAGAGGACAUGGAUCUCUUGAAACAGCUUGAGGCGGCGGAUGAGGCAAGGAGGAGAGAGACAAUAAUGGUAGUGAAGAGGGAGUUCUUGGGCGAUUGUCGAUCUUCGGUUCCAGAUUUUCUGUCGGAGCAGGACUCAUCUGACUCUUAUGAGCGAUUCAGAAGAGAUCUUCAAAGGUCAGCAGAAGAAGAGGAGAGGAGGCUUCGACAGCAACAGGAGCGGGCGCUUACGGCGCCCGCCUUGGAGGUAAUGACUCAAGGGCACAGCGGUGGCAGUGCGGCGGGAACUAGUGUUGUGCGGAGGGUGGAGGACCAGAGGGAAUCAUGGCCAUUGAACACAGAGUUAAGAGCAUACUCGGACAAUCCGUAUAACUUCAGUCAAAUGAGGUUGGUGGGUAGAGACAACGGAGACCAAGGAUGGCGGGCGGCAGAGGAGCUGAACAAAGGGCACGAAGAGAGGGUGGUUGCAAGUCGGGCUGGAUGGGUGGAUAUGGUCGAUGAGAUUCAGCAACGAGGACAGUCGUCAGAAUGGCUGCAGAGGGAAGAUGAGUCGUGUUCGUCUCUAAGGGACAUUGCUGGGAUUCCGAAAGAUCUGUCAGGAUCUAUAGGACUCACAUCUAGUGGGACUUCUUUGGUAGGUGAGCCAAGCGCAACAGGGAUACUGCUGAGCUCAUUCGAGACAGAGGCAGAGGAGUUGGACGAGGUUGUGUUGGAGGAUGCAGGUGUGGCCUGCGUAUUCUCGCCUCUUCUUGAGAAGAAGCGUAAGGUUAAGUGUGAGAUGAGGGGUGAAGGCUUUGGACGUGAAGGCAGGAAUCGUUACCAACCGGUAGAUGGAAGUCAUUCAGGCAGCAGUGGCAGAAGUUCAUUCCCGCACAGACGAUGUGCGGUGAGCGGACAGCCAACGAAUGUGGGUGCUGAUGUAUCCGUCGACCCUCAGAGCUUGCUGUUUGAUUUGGCACAAGCGUCAGAACAAAUGCAGGAGGCGCCAGGGAACCCUGCCCUCGAAAAUGGCCCUGCCUUCGAGAGUGGGGUCGUCAGUGAUGGAAAUACUAUCCAUGUAGAGGAGGGUUUGACUGAGCACUACUUUCGGAGCUUCGAGAAGCCUGCUUACUUUGCGCAACUGCAAGCGAACAACAAGGAGAUUGGUGCUUCGAAACAACCGGACGAGGAGAAGUUGAAGGAGGAGAAGUUUGGGGAGGAGAAGUUUGAGGAGGAGAGGGAAAAGGAAGUUGUUGUGGAGGGGAGCGGUGAUAAUGAGCACUUUGAAAAGGGGUACGGAAACAGAGAAGCGGAAGUGCCUGUUCAAUUUCAAGCAGGUGAGAAUGAAAUUGGAGUGUUUGAAAAGGGGUACGGAAACAGAGAAGCGGAAGCGGAUGGAGUGGUGUCCCACUGGCAUGGAGAAGAAGAGAGUGUGCUGACUACUUCGUCUGGGGAUGAAAGCUGCUCGGGGAGGCAUGGGGCGGUAGAAGCGACAGCAGAGUGUCUGCAUGUACUUAAGCCUGACGUACCUGUUGCAAACUCUGAGCUGCAGAUGGCAGUGGAAGCAGAUGGUCGGCAGGAUGAGGAGAGGAGGGAGAAGAUUGAGGAGGAGGACAAGGAAGAGAGAAGCGAGGGGAAGUUGGUUAAGGAGGGAAAAGUGAUGGCCGUGGAGUGCAGGGAAGUGUGUGCGAUAGGAAGGUCGUUUGCCGUCGCUGAGGGGUCCAUGGAGACAGGAGCACAGGUCAUGACGGGUGUCGGCGAUGUGGCUGAGAAGAGAACGCUGAUGAAAGUCGAUUGCGCUAUCGAUAGGCCUAGUGAUCUGCAAGAUUGUGCACCAGCAACUGAUGCUGAGCAGGAACGCGGUCUUCCCUCUAGCGCUGUGGAUUCGAUGCCCACGGGGUGUGAGAUUGAGUCUGGAAAACGAGAGCUUGAGAAGGAUCAACACGGGGAAGGAUUUGCGGCUAAGGGAUCGUCAGAGGAGCAAGUCCAUGUGGAGCGUGCUGUGAAUGAUGCAGAUACAUUCAUGUGGAUGGAGGAGCAAAGGGAGCAGCAGAUGGAGAAUUCACAGCAUGACGUGAAAACAGUCUUUCCAGUCGAGAGGCAAGAGGCGGACGAGUAUGAAGAGGAGAGGGAGGAGCAAGUGUGCACUAAGUGUGUGCUGCCUGAUGAGGAAAGAAUGCAAACGAUGGGCAAGCACGUGGUGAAGGAAUUUGAGGAAGAAGAGGAGGAUGAAGUGGAAACAGAUGGCUGUGAAAUGGAGGCCGACGGCAAGACUAGCAAGGACGCUGCUGUUGAUGGUAAUAAUUGGGAGGAGGAGGAGCAGGAGGAGGAGCAGGAGGAGGAGCAGGAGGAGGAGGAGGAGGAUGGCAAUCAUAUGAUGCCAUACUUCGGUUCGAGUGUAAUCACAGUCGACUCCAUGUUCUCAGAGAAGGAGCAGGUUGCUGUUUGGGAACUCGCCGAUGAAGCUGGAUUGGAGGAUCCCUGCAGAGACUAUGCACAUGUGAGCACAGCAGACGCAAGUGUAGCAUGUCCAGUGAGUGAUGGUGAUAGAGUGGAGGUGAGUCGCAAUGUGAUUCAGUCCAAUUCCGAGGCUCUUGUGCGGUCAUCACAAGACAAUACCUCUGCCAUGGUGGCGAGGCCCAUGGAAGCUGGUGCGGACGACUCGGGUAGAGACAAUGCUCAUCCACCCGUAGCAGCUGCAAGUUGCGUGUGGUCGAACGAUGUGGAGACCAGAAUGGACGUGGGCCAGGUUGCGACGCCAUUUGCUUCUGAUGAUGCUCUUCCACUGGGAGCUCUGGUGGAGAAUGUGAGGAUAAGGUACGAGGCUAUGAAGAUUGUUGAAGGGUCUGGAAGCUCUAGUGGUCUGGUGCAGGGAAUUAUUCCGCUGGUGGAUGAACAGACACCAAUCAAGGAAAUUAUUCCACUGGUGGAUGAGCAGACACCAAUCAAGGAAAUUAUUCCGCUGGCGGAUGAGCAGACAACAAUCAAGAGAAUGGAUUAUGGUGCAGCUGUAGAGUUUGGUUCUCCGGUUUCUCCUUGCCUUGUGAUUCCAAGCGAUCUGAUGGAGGGCGAGUUAGGAUGUGGUGGUGUUCCGUCGCCUCAAGAGCAGGAGGCGGAUGUGUCUUUUAGCAGUGAAGGAGAGCUGGUUGAAGAAAUUAUUCCGCAGGUCGAUGAGCAGUCACCUAUCAGGGGAUUGCGCUAUGAUGCUUCAGCUCUAGAGUUUGGUUUUUCUCCUGCUUCGGGUACGCGUACGGAAGGUGGGAAUGCAGAAGCAGUGCGGUUCUGCUCUUCUCGCCUGGCGAUUUCAAAUGACCCGAUGGAGGAUGAGGCAGGAGAUGGUAGUACUCACACGGAAGAAGCACAUGUAGAAGCAGGAGGUGCUGGUGUUGUUUUGCUGCACCGACAGCAAGAUACAACUGUCUUGUCUGGCAUUGGCGGAGAACUGGCGUCUUCAGCAACAGCAGAGGUCUGCUCCUCCUUGCAGCUGGUUUCGGAUGAGCGGCGGGCGAACUCUGCAGCUCCACAUUCACUGGUGUCUUUGGGACAUGAACAAGCAUCGCCCUCCUCUCCGGUAUUGAAUGUGUUGUCCGGGCUCGCUACAUGCGAAGAGACUGCUGGCAAGGAAGGAAAACAUGUAAGGUCGACUGAAUCUUCGACCUCCGUUGAGCUGCUGCAGGGUGAACUAGUUAUUCCAAUGGCUCAUGAUGAGGCGGUGGAGGUGGUGGUUGACAGCGGAGAAGGAAACAGCUUGAGAAAUCGUGGACGUGCGCCCGUCUUCGAUGCGGAUGUUGAUGUGAAUAUUUUCAUCGAUGAUAGUGAAGAUGAUGAGAUGGAAGGGCCACAGCAUGGCAAUUCCGAGUUCCAGUCAGAAUUGUCAUUGUUCGGUGUCUCAGUUUUUUCUGAGAAAAAGGAUGUCACGGACUCUGUAGACGAGCAUGAUCUGAAGCAGAUGAUUCGAGAUUCUAUGAUCGCGUUCGAGGAGCUGGAGGAAGAAGAAGAAGAGGAGGACGAAGAAGGGGGAACAGAAGAAGAGGGAACAGAAGAAGAGCAGCACGAGGAGGAAGACGAGGAAGAGACGGAAAGAGAAGAGAGAGAGGAGGAAAAUGAGGAAGAAGGAAUGGAGGAAAAGGAGGGGUGGACUCAGGAGGAACUGAGGACCGUAGAGGAUGAGCGUGUUUUGACCCGCUUGGAACUAAGUUUCAGCAGUCAGGUGGCUCAGAAUGAAGAUGGGGAGGAGACAGAUGACGAGUCGACUGGCGGUGAAGAAUGGGGAAGCCGGGAGACACAGGAUAUGGCGUGCAACUCGGACUCCUGCCGCGACUUUCAGGACUCAAGGCCUGACAAAGGUGAAUUGCCCAACCUGAUGUUCUGUGGUUCUGAACAUGGAGUUGAGGGGGGUGUUGAUGUGGCUGGGAAAGAGAAGAGAAUUGUCCCCGAAGAUAUGCAGGCUAGCCGAGAGACAUCAGAGAUGAUCACGGAGAAGAAGCUUGGAGCUAUGGCCAGGGCUUCUUCAGGUGCCGCCUCUGUUGAUCAGGCUGCACAGUCAGAGAUAAUGGACAACAUAGCAGACCUAGAGAUGAGAGGUACGGAUGGCAACACCAAGAUGAGGAUGUCUAGUGAGGGGCAUACCUAUUUGUCGAGCGAUCAUAUGGACUUGAAGUCUAGUCUCAAGGGAAGGACGAUUCGUCCAUCCACGCCUGUCAGGGAUGGCGCUGUAGAGUAUUCUCAUGGAACGAGUGCAUGGGUUAAUGCAGAUGGGAGGGAAGAGGGUGAAGGUUGUGGUUGUUCCUUUCGUCAGAACGGCGAAGCAACUGUGGAAAAAGAGGCCAUCUUGUUUCCACAAGAGGAGGAGGACAAGCGAUACCAGAUGAGGGUCCCUACCGAGGGAGGGUCAUCUCUGUCGGAUGGGAGGGGAGAGGUGGAACGUUGUGGUUGUUCCUUUCGUCAGAAUGGGCAAGCAACUGUGGAAAAGGAGGCCAUCUUGUUCCCGGAAGAGGACAAGGGAGACCAGAUGAGGGUCCCGACUGAGGGAGGGUCGUCUCUGUCUUGUUGCUAUGGCAGAUUAGAGUCUACUGGGGGAGAGGGUGGAGGUUGUGGCUGUUCCUUUCGUCAAAGUAUUCAAGAACUUCUGGAAAAAGAGGCUAUUGUGUUUCCACAAGGGGGUAUUUUGUUCCCACAAGUAGACGAGGAGAAGAAAGCGAAGAUGAGGGUUGCUAUUGAGGGAGAAUCCUCUCUGUUGUGUCACUGUGGCAGAUUAGACCCUCCUUUCGAAGAGAGGAUGGUUCCUCCCUCCACCCCCGUUGGAGAUGGCACUUCUAGUGUUUCAGAUGAGUUCAAUACGCCUGUUAGGAUUGUCUAUGGUGGUGAUACGGAGGGAGGGGGAGGGGAUGAAAGUUGUGGUUGUUCCUUUCAUCCCUAUGGUGAGGACAUGGUGUAUGAAAAAGAGAGUGUCUCAUCUGUGCAUGGGGAAGCAGGCACCACCUGCACAUGUAGGGAAGAAGAUAGCCAAAGAUCGCGAAGGGACUGGGAGCAGUAUGAAGGUGACAUGGACUGGGUCUGUGGCUCCUCCAUCAAGGCGCAGCUGCUGGAGUUGGAGACGGAGAAAGCAGAAGUUGUCAGCAGAACUUGGAGGCGAAGAGAGGCCGUGACUGCGUUCCUCCAUGGUCCAGAGGUCGCGAUGAGAACGCCGCCAUGUUCGGGGGACUGUAAUGGCCAUGAGGAAGGAUAUCGGAGCAGAAGAGACCUCUUUUCAAUGCCAGUUCUGUCGGAUCAGAAGAUGCGGGGCCAGAAAGAGUCGUGCAGUUGUGUGGCUGUCGAGCGUGAUGGUGACGAUGACGGUGGAGAGGAAGGGAUGGAGUAUACAAGUGCUCUUUCGACCAUUCAUGAUCAUCGUCAGGGUGAUGGCUGUGAUGAUAAGACUAGGGAGUGGGAGCAGGAGGAGCAGGAGGAGCAGGAGGCAGUCCAACUGCAGGAAUCGCCUUGCCAUUGUGGAGGAGAAGAUGCGAGGUCCUUAGUGGAUGAUGAGGACGAUGAGGAGGAUGACGAUGACGAUGUGGUUCGAGAUGUUGUUGUGUACAGGCAGGCAAUUGUGUCAGUUGAAGUCAAGGAUAUCUCGGAGAAAGAGGACAGCGGAGUUUGUGGCGAAGCAUCCUUUGUCGGCGCUUCAGAGGAAGCAGACGGGGAUUACCUUGUCAAUCCGUAUUCUUCUGAGGUUUGUGCUCAUCCUCAUUCGCAGGAUGUGGGCACGUCUCAUAGUGAUCUGUAUUCACUCUGCCAUAGUGAUUUGUACGAGCUGUUUGAGGGCCAAGUCCAUUCAGCAGAGAGUGGAGUUCCUCUUGAACGGGAGGCACGCUCCACAGCCCUAAGCCUUAGCUGCGAAUGCAAAGUUUUAGUGUCCGAAGUAUCGACAGGCACUGAAGAUGCAAGGCACAAGGAGCGGGAACUGCACCUGGGACAUGCUGUCCCUGCCCCGGAGGCAUCCAUCAGGUACUUGGUAGAUGCUGGUACGUCGGAGGAUAGUGGCGACGAUGUACGGGAUGAGGCUGACAGGACAGAGGUCAUGGAAAUGGAUCCCGAGCCCAUGCUUCGACAUCCCGAGUCCAUUGAGGUUCUAGGUCAUUUGCAACAGGUUGCCCGGUCAUGGGCUGACGAUGGAUUUGCGUCGAUAAGUAACCAUGGCUUUAGGCAGAUUGGAGGAGUCUAUGUGAUGGAUCGCGAUGGCUGUGAGGAAUGCCUGUCUGGAUCUGGAAUGUCGGACCAAGGCGAGGUGUUCUCAGAAACCUGGUCUGAGAAGUGGGAACAGCGAUGGGGUCUUCGUGACUCUGACGGUGUGGAGAGGUAUUUGCGUAAUUCAAGGGUUCAGUGCCCAUCCAUGUUGCAUGUCACCACCAAUGGAAGCUAUAGCUCAAGUGCGCAUGCCGACAGCGAUGAUUACUCUGACAACGUCCACUCCGUUCGGGGAGGGAGUCCUCUUGCAAAGGUCCAGGACUUGGCGAGGAAGCCGCUAGAACAACAGCAGCAGAUUGCCAUCGCCUCUCUGUACUCGCCUUCCGCGUCAUCCACGACAUCUAGUAAUGGCGGCGCACGCGGAUGCCAGGCUUGUGUGGAAGUCAACCGAUGUGACGAAUGCAGGUGGGACGACUCCGUCGCUGCAGCACACGGUGGUGCUGUCGAUGGUGAAGGCAAGUUCUCGUUCUGGAGACACAAGGGCAAGGCUGGUGUCGGUGUCGACCUACUAUCGCGACCUGCGGGAUUCGCCGAUUCUGGUGACCUCUGUGCGAGACGAGGAAGACUACAGGCAGAAGGCGAAUGCAGGGCGGUGGGUGUGGGGGGAGUCGUUGGGAGGAGUGGAGGGAGACAGGAAUCAAAUAUUCUGUCUGUACUUGGUCACAGCGGGGAGGUCGAACGGCCUGGCGACCAUAGGCGGCAGCAGCAGCAGCAGCAUGCAAUUGGUGCUGUAAGCAUGAACGGGAAGGAGAACAAUGUCCUUCGGGAUGGAAAUUCGCUCGUGGAAGAACGUAGUGUGCAUCUGGCUGGGCAAGAAAUGCGAAAGGCGACAUUCUGGCCAAACCCAACGAAUAAACCAUUUGGAGCUAUCUCCUGCCCCAUCACGGCUGCUGCUAUGGCAGUCCAAUCUACUUCGCCGGAACAGCCGCAGGGCUCUAAGAGCAGUGCCGCCGGGCACGGGUCAUGCGGUGAAGAAUCUGAUCCAAGAGUCCAUCCUGCUGAGGAGGACAAACAUCCUGUGGUGCAGAAGGCUGCUGUGUGCGCCGCUCAUGGUCAGGUGCAGAAGGCUGCUGUGUGCGCCGCUGCAACCGUUGAGCGUCAGCAGCUGAUGAGCUGUGAUGUCGACGGAUUAGCUGUUACGCCGUACUAUAUCUAUGCGUUAGGUUGUUUUGUCUUCGUCUUCUCUCCUCCGGUUAUCGUGCUGAUGGUGGAUGACAUGGCCCUGUGCAGGCAACUGCAUGCCAUGCGUGGUGCUGUGCCCUGUGCAGUGUAGCAUAUCGGAUGUGGAUGGACCGUGCACAUCACUUCUUUCCCUCCCGGAGGGGUGGUUAGUACGCCGUACUGCUUGUUUCCCUCCUUCCUGAGGUAUGAUUACUGCUUGCUUCCCUCCUCCCUGAGGGGUGGGUGGUGCUUGCUUCCAUAUCCUGUAUUGGAAUAAGGGUUAGACGCUCCUGCUUGUCAGAGACUCUGAGGUGGAUUACACUCUUCUGCAUGUCAGAGAUGUGGUGACCGACGGUCUACGGUCUUAGCUCAGUCGGUACACUAAUGAACUGUUGUUGAGAGACAGACCGGAGAUCGAAUCCAAAUGGAACCCAAUGAACAAAAUUCUUGAAU